AUGGACAUAACUGUUAUGGGUCUUUGGUCAACGCAAUCCACAAAGGAUCUUGGGUCAAUGUAAUUCUCAAAGUUGCGGGUUCGAUAGCAGGCGUUGUUCUGUUCGUGAUCUUAUUACUAUUCUUUCGUCAUUAUCUCCGGAUGAAAGAAUUACGUCUGAGACAACAGAAUCUGAAGUCCCUCAUUCCACUCAAACACUACACUUAUGCAAAGGUGAAAAGAAUUACAAAGUCAUUUGCGGAAGUGGUCGGGAGAGGCGGAUUUGGAAUUGUUUAUCGAGGAACUCUUUCUGAUGGCCGUAUGGUUGCGGUGAAACUCUUGAAAGAUUCAAAGGGUAAUGGUGAAGAUUUCACCAAUGAAGUUGCAAGCAUGAGCCAAACUUCUCAUCUCAACAUUGUCACCUUGCUUGGUUUCUGCUCUGAAGGUUCCAAAAGAGCAAUUAUAUAUGAGUUUUUGGGAAAUGGGUCUCUUGAUAAAUUCAUCUCAGACAAGUCCUUGGUGAAUUUGGAUUGGGCGACAUUGUAUGAAAUUGCGCUAGGAGUUGCCCGUGGUCUGGAGUACUUGCAUCAUGGCUGCAAAACAAGGAUUGUACAUUUCGACAUCAAACCACAAAAUGUACUCUUAGAUGAAAACUUUUGCCCCAAAGUUUCGGACUUUGGGCUUGCUAAGCUCUGUGAGAAGAAAGAGAGUGUCUUGUCAUUGCUGGACACAAGAGGUGCAGUAGGGUACAUUGCACCAGAAAUGAUUUCAAGAGUUUAUGGGAGCCUGUCUUACAAGUCAGAUGUUUAUAGCUAUGGAAUGUUAGUUCUUGAGAUGAUUGGUGCAAGGAACAAAGAAAGCGCUCAUCAAGACUCUGCUUCUAACACAAGUUCAAUAUACUUUCCUGAAUGGGUAUAUAGGGAUCUUGAAUUAGGAAAGCCUAGAAGGCUUACCGAGAACGGAAUCAACAAUGAGGAAGAGGAGCUAGCAAAGAAGAUGGCAUUGGUGGGUUUGUGGUGUAUUCAGCCUUCCCCAUUAGAUCGCCCACCAAUGAACAGAGUCGUAGAGAUGAUGGAAGGAAGUCUUGAAGCUCUUGAAGUGCCUCCAAGGCCUGUCUUGCAGCAAAUUCCCACGGCACCUCUUCAGGAAUCUCUAACGCUUUAAGGUAGUUUGGUUUAAGCAGAAUGUUGAUAUCAGUAGCCUCUUUCAAAUUUAUCAAAGCGCAGAAGCAGCAAUACAUGUAUCCAAGAAAUGUCAUAUAAUGUCUACAUUUAGAAAAAAAUGAAAACAUAUGUUAAAUUAGUUUGUUGAGUGUUGUUAUCUUAAAUUGCUCAAGUUCAGAUCAAUCAUGUGAUUAAUCCAACUAUUUAUCAUUUAAAAUCGCAAUAAGAAGACGGUAAUAAACUUAUGUUUUAUA